GAAUCGCUAGAGGACAUCCUUUCUGCGCCCUUCUUCACGGCAGCACUUCGCGGCUGUCGCUCAAUUGACACUACCUGACCGUUGAUUGAUCUCUCGACCCAUCAUUACACCUGUUGCUCGACAUAACCAUGGCAGACAACGCGGCCGAGGUGGCCGAGGACUAUCGACAGGCCCUCGAGGACCUGACGGUCAACUCGCGCAUCGAGAUCGCCACGCUGACCAACAUCGCGCGUGAGAACGCACACCACGGCUUCGCCAUCUCAGAGGCAUUGGCAAACCACAUUAAGAAGGUGCCACCCGCACGGACACUGCCAGCGCUCUAUGUCCUCGAUUCCGUUGUCAAGAAUGUCCCGACACCCUAUGCGUUAUACUUUGGCCCGAAGCUCUAUUCGGUCUUUAUGGGCGCUUACACCAAGGUCGACAAUGCGACAAGACGAAAAAUGGACGAAAUGCUCAAGACAUGGAAGGAGCCGGUCCCGGGCUCUAUCUCAACGAAGCCUGUCUUUCCGCUCGAACAGGUCCGGCCCAUCGAGCAUGCUCUGAUGGCCGCUAGAAACGCCGCCUAUACCGCCCAGCAGAAUAGCUUUCAGGGGCAGCAGCAGCUCAUGCGCGGUCGCCAACCCGCCCCCAGCCGAGACACACCUACGCCACCGACUACCAGGUCAUAUCAACCUCCACCGCAGCAACCUUCUUACCCCGGGUCAAAUGGGCAUCGGCCGGAUGCGGCUCAGCGGCCGUAUCCGAUGCAACCGGCCAACGGCCCAGGUACCACAUCUCACCGCUCGACACCGCAACCAGCUCCGCCUGCCGGGUCUCAUCCACCUUACCAGCAGCCGGCCGCGGGACCAGUCUAUGGCGCUCCCCAACCAGGAAUAAGCAUAGACAAGCUGAAAGAUGAUGUCCAGCAACUGAUCGUUGCGGAAAAGGCGGAAUUUGCACAAGACCCACUUGAUACUAGUAAACAGACCAGACUGAAGGCGUUGCUGGACUUGCAAACAAUAAUCCAGAGCCAAGACAUGCCUCAGGAUCAGUUGAUGAUCAUAAGAGAUCGAGUUGCUGAACUUGCUGUAAAAAUUCGCCCGCAGCUCCCAGUCACUGCUGGUCCUGCCGGCGGUGGUGUUGCUGCACCCAACACCGUUUAUUCGGGAGUCUCGUACACCACCACUCCUACGCCCCCGGUUGUGUCUCAGCAGUCAACCCCUGUGCCCCCCGCAGCCGCCGCGGUCGUUGCGGCAGCUCUCGGGCGUCCUCCGUCUGCUGCAUCGGCCCCUCCCGCUACGGGCGGAGGCGUGUCGAUUGACUCCAUCUUCGGACAAGGCGCGUUGGCGGCACUGAUAUCGGGAAAUGCGCGGAAGUCGGCCACGCCCCAGCAAGCUCCCACACCACAACCUCCGCCGCCGGCCCCUGCCCCGGCGAUCGGACCUGCGGCGGCCGCCGCGAUAGCUGCUGCGUUGCGGUCGCCGCCUCUGCAAAGACCUGCUGAGCCGCCCAAGCCUGCGGCUUCGGCCCCCCCGGCAUCGAAUCCGUCAGCGUUGCUGGCCAUGCUGAGGCAGUCCGGUCUGAUCAAGCCCAGCGGAACGCCGACUCCCCCGCCAGCUGCUCCUCUGCUGCCCGGUUUCGGCCCGCAUGGUUUCCAGUCGCUUGCCGGGUUGACUUUAGAUGCCAACCCCCAGCUCAGGCCUGCUUCCCUAAAGACCUUCCGCCCGCAUAUGAUCUCGCGACUCCACGAAGACCUCGGCCCGCCCUGUACCCAGUGUGGUCGGCGCUUCAAAGCCAACGAGGAUGGCCGCCGCAAGAAGACGGCGCACAUGGACUGGCACUUCCGCGUGCACCAGCGCAUGACCGACGCCGAGAAGCGCGGGCAGCACCGCAGCUGGUAUGUCGACGAAUCGGAUUGGAUCCGCACGCGCGAGGCCAUCGACACGGACUACACGCACCCACCGCAGGACCCCUCAUCAACCUCCGCCUCAGACCACCACCACCACCACCUCUCCUCCACAUCCGGCGGCGCGCACGACGGCGGCGCGCACGGCGGCAAGCCGAACUCGGCUUCGGCAGCAGCAGCCGCCGCCGCCGGCAGGAUGAUGCCCUACCUGCCCGUGCCCGAGGACAGCGCGCGCGCCAACAACGCCUGCCCGAUCUGCCAGGAGAAAUUCGAGAUGAAGUGGCUCGACGAGGCCCAGGAGUGGGUCUGGACUGAUGCUGUCCGCGUCGGGGAGCGUGUGUUUCAUGCUAGCUGCCACCGUGAGGCGUAUGGCGUGCAGGCUUUGGCGCAGGCGCAGGCUCAGGCACAGGCGCAGGGCCAGGGACAGGGGGUGUUGGGGAAGAGGAAGGCUGAGGAUGAUGUUGGGGGCUUAAGAGGGAGAAUGAAAAUGGAGGGGUAUUGAGGGCUUGGUUUCUGGUUGGGGGUGAGGGACGGUUGAGGAUGGAUGCAUUAUCAGGCGCGUGAUGGAAUGGAGGUUGCUGCUUGUCUUUGCUUGUUGCCCCCGGCAGGUAGUGCCUCUGGAUCUUAGCAUCAUCAAUGGCCGGUAUGCUUUUUGAUAUUUUCAGCAAUGUCUACCACAGGUUGACGAAUGGUUUUCGUGGUGAAAACGCAACUAAUAUGGGUCGUACGGCAUGUUCAGUGGCUGUGUGUAACUGAGAGAGUGAAUCCUACGCUUAUGAGGUAUUCACUUUUGUGGCAAGGACGAGGAUGACAAUCACUACUACCAGAAUAUGAGAAGUGAAU